GAGAGCAGUUUAAAGAUGGCGGCGCCCAUGGGCGAGGGCUCUCCAGGUCCGGAGCCCGGCGCUGCUCCCUACGGCAACUUCCCCAACUACUCCCGGUUCCACCCGCCCGAGGGCCGUGUCCGCCUCCUGCCCCGCGGCCUCCUGCGGAGCCUCUUCCCCGCGACCGCUCGCCCGCUGCUGGGGCUCGAUGUGGGCUGCAACUCGGGGGAGCUAAGUGUGGCUCUGUACAGGCAUCUCCUUGGCCUUCAGGAGAGCAAAGGCAGCCUGGAGGAGUCUGCAGCUGGGAAGGAUCUGAACCUGCUGUGCUGUGACAUUGACCCUGUGCUGAUCGAGAGGGCUCAGCAGUGCAGCCCCUUUCCUGCCUCCAUAUCCUUUGCCAAGCUGGACAUCAUGGACACCAGUGCCAGGGACUCAUUCCUGAGCUCCUACCUGGCCCGGUUUGGCCGCUCCACCUUUGACAUUGGUUUUUGCAUGUCCGUGACCAUGUGGAUCCACCUGAAUCACGGCGACAGGGGCCUGGUGGAGUUCCUGGCCUUCCUCUCCUCCGUGUGCACCUACCUGCUGAUGGAGCCCCAGCCCUGGAAGUGCUACAGGGCGGCCGCCCGGCGCCUGCGCAGGCUGGGCCGCAGCGACUUCGACCACUUCCGAGCCCUUGCCAUCAAUGGGGACAUGGUGGAGAGGAUCACCCAGAUCCUGACCGAGGACUGCGCCAUGGAGCUGGUCUGUUGCUUCGGGAGCACCUCCUGGGACAGAAGCCUCUUGCUUUUUAAAUCGAGUGCCUCAGAUCCUGAGGGCACAAGUCCUGUUCUGAAGAAGGAGGCUCCGGAGCAGGAGCAGUGACUGUAAAUGGCCUCUCACAUGGAUGAAUUCAUAGGCAAGGAGGUGCUUGCUGUUCACAGAGACAGGUCUAGGACUUAAAUCCCUACUGGAACAGGAGCUUGACCUCUCUGGGGAGAAGAGAGAACAUGCCUGGAGCUUCUCAGGGAAAGGGAGCGUUUCUGUUGCGCUGUUUGUUCUGCUUCUUGCCAUGUUUCCUAUAUAAAAUACUCUUGGAAAGCACAUAACCUGGGUCACCAGCUGGGAACAAGGGAGUUGAAUCACUUGGGAGGGUCAACAGGAUGCCCAGAGUGGUGGUGGUGGAUGUCCCAUCCCUGGAAACAUUCUAGGCCAGGUUGGACGGGGCUUGGAGCAAGCUGCUCUAGUGGAAGGUGUCCCUGCCCAUGGCAGGAGAUUGGA